AUGAGGUGGCUUGGGUCCAAGAGCGUCACUUGCGUGGCUGUAAUCCUGUUGUCCGGGCAGACCUUGGCCCAGGUAGAUUAUUCACAAUAUGUGAACCCCCUCAUUGGGGGCAGUGGGCCCCGCGAAGGCCAGGCCUAUGGCGGCGGUGAUAUCUUUGUCGGUGCCGCCGUGCCGUUCGGCGUUGUCAAGGUCGGCGUCGAUACCUGGGAAGGCUUCGGCAAGGACUCAGUCACCAAUGGAGGAUGGACGCCAAUGGGUAAUGUCACGGCCGUCACGAUGCUUCACGAGAGUGGAACAGGAGGAGCCCCGAAAUACGGCAUCAUUUCACAGAUGCCCUUGACAACUGUCGACUCUCCUGUCAAUGUUCUCGAUAACCGGACUUAUUUCCAACGCCGUGUGGUGGAAGAUACCGCCCGUGUCGGGUACUACAGGACAGAGCUACUGAAUGGAGUCAAAGUGGAACUCGGUGCGUCAAGGCACGCGGGCUUCAUGCAGUACUCUUUUCCCGAUGGCGAGAAACAUAUCUUGGUUGAUCUAUCUCACUACCUACCUAGCGAGUCGGGAGGUUACACCAGCCAAGUGUAUCUUGCUGGCCAUAUAGACAUUUCUGGAGCCGAGUAUCGUGGUUUUGCUACAUACGGCGCCGGCUGGAACGAAGGUGCACCAUAUACUGUCCAUUUUUGUGGCUCCUUUGAGUCGCCGCCUGCUCAGGUCAACACGUUCAGGGGAAGGAAUACGGACCCGAUGAUCAGGUACCACACGUUCAGUGACGAAGCUAUUCCUCAGGCAGUGUUCAGUAACAGCACUGCCCAAUACUCCGCGUUGAAGGGGGGCUCUGAUUAUCUCGGUGCAAUCAACGAUCGAAUUGGCGCAGUUUUCACUUUUGACAGUGGUGCGGCCAGUACAGUCAAAUCCCGUGUUGGCGUUUCCUUCACCUCGAUUGAGCAAGCCUGCAACUACAGAGAUGACGAGAUCCCGAGCUGGUCACUCAAUGACACUGUCGACGCCACCGUGAAGGAGUGGAAUGAGGAUGUCUUCAGCAGAGUCCAGGUCGACACAGAUGAGAAAACUUCGAAUCUCACUAAUGUUCGGCUGCUGUACUCAUCCCUUUACUUCAUGCAUCUGAUGCCGAGCGAUAGGACGGGCGACAACCCGUUGUGGGAGUCUGAGGAGCCGUACUGGGACGACUUCUACACCAUGUGGGACAUCUUCCGCUGCACGGUCAGCCUUUAUCAUCUGAUCCAGCCGGCAAGAUACGUCAGCAUGAUCCGUGCAUUGAUUGAUAUCUGGCGAUUUGAGGGCUUUCUGCCGGAUGGGAGGAGCGGGAACUACAACGGCUUGACGCAGGGAGGAAGCAAUGCCGAUAACGUGCUGGCGGAUGCAUACAUCAAGGGACUAGGUAGAAACAGCGACGAUCCAUCGAUGACAAUUAACUGGACAGCUGGUUACCAAGCUAUGGUGAAGGACGCAGAGGUCCAACCUUACAACACGUUCAGCCCCUUGGAUCAGACUGGCAGCGUCAAGGAGGGCCGCGGAUCACUCUAUGACUGGAUCCCCCUGGGCUACAUUUCGAACAACAGCUCGAGGUCCGUGUCGAAGACUGUUGAGUACGCACUGAACGAUUUCGCACUGAGCGUUGUGGCUUCCGGCGAGGGCACGCAAGCCGAAGUCGACAAGUAUUUAAAUCGCUCAGCGGGAUGGCAGAACCUCUGGAACCAUGAUAUAGUUCAUGCCGGUUUCACGGGCUUUCUGGCGCCAAAAGAUGAUCAGGGGAAGUGGGUUUCCCCGGAGACGUACAACCCGGCGGUCUGCGGGGGUUGCGAGUGGGAUGCUAUCAGCUAUGAGGCCACUCCAUUUGAGUACAGUUUCGUGGUUCCGCAUGACGUUCAGACGCUCAUUGAAUCCAUGGGAGGUGUGACAGAGUUCGAACGGAGGCUUGACUACAUUUUCAUGCCAAAUACCACGGAACAAGACCUGGAAGAGAACGGCGCCGGAAUCACUACAAUUAUGAACAUCGGCAACGAGCCGGAUUUUGCAACUCCAUAUCUCUACAAUUAUUUGAACAAGCAGCACAAAUCAGUCAACCAAACUCGUGCACUGGCAAAUCAAUUCUUCCACGACGCACUGUAUGGCGUACCUGGAAACUCAGACGCGGGCGCACUCAACUCGUGGCUUAUCUGGCAGAUGCUCGGGCUGUAUCCCAUCGUGACCCAGCCCGUUUACCUGUUAGAGUCCCCUUGGUUCAGUGAUAUUAACACGACGAUCAAUGGCAACAAGACACUCCGUAUCACGAGCAAUGGCGACAACAUAUCCCUUGGACAGAGUGGGUUUUUCGUUGAGUCCGUGAAGAUCAACGGGGAGGACUGGGAGAGGAACUGGUUCAACCACGAGGACAUCAUGAUUGAGGGAGGCACUAUCGAGUUCACCGUUGGUGGCACUGGGCAGUCGUGGGAAACCGGAGAUCUGCCUCCAAGUCCGGGGCACAAAGUGCUUGACACUCCCUGA